CAUUCCUUCACAUUUCAUACACAUACACACUGUGUGUAUUUAUACUCAAUAGUUCUGUAGUUCUUAUGUCUCUACUUGUGUCCAAAUGUCAAUCUCUCUCAAGUUCCUUCUUUGGUCAUCUCUUGCUCUCUUGCUUCUUCAAACAGGUUUUGGAGAAAAGUGUGACAGCAAAAGCAGCGAACCAACGGUGAGACAGACGCAGGUGAAGUUGGGAGAAGGAAAGAAGUUCAGAGUUGAGGUGAUGAACAAAUGUCCAAUGUGUCCUAUCAUCAACCUCCGUCUGAAAUGUCAAGGCUUCCCUCAGUCUCUUGUGGACCCUACGCUCCUCCGUGUCCUCUCCUCUUCCGCCGGGAACUGCGUGGUUAACGACGGUUUACCGUUGAGUCCAAUGGAGACUCUCUCUUUCAACUACUCUAGCUCAAACCAGUUUGCUCUGAGUCCUCUUUCUUGGUCUUUUCAGUGCGAGUGAAUCAUCAAUAAAAUAUUUAAAAUCAAUAAGAAUAAAUCUCUUUGUUCA